AUCAUCACCAACUACAACCUAAAUAGAGACACAUACAUUAUUAACACUACUUUCACACAUCAUAUGAUAGACAAUUCUUGUGUGUGUCUUCUUUUUUUUUCCUUCUCUUCAUCAUAUCAUCUCAAAUAAUAAUGCUGCUGAGAAGUUCAAUUUCCAGCACCAAGAAGUUCUUCCAAAAAACCAUAAAGAACUUCAAAUCUUUCUUCUCUCCUCCGGAAUACUACCAAAGGCUUCACCACAAUAACCAUAACCCCUUCUCUUAUCCCUUGGACAUGGACACCAACACCACCACAAGUUACCAAGAAUUGGGCUUGGAUCACAGUGAUUUCAAUGAGGAAUGGGACAAUUCAGAACAAGAGAAGAAAGCAAUAAUAGUAAAGAGAUCAAAACAAGCAGAAAAGAAGAAGAAUCAUCAUAAUGAGGAAUAUGGCAACAGAAAUCAGAAGAAGAAAGAUUGUUCAUCAUUCAUAGUGGAAGAGAAGCUGAGGGAAUUGGAGAUGCUGGACAUAAGCAAUGUGGAAUAUGUGCUUGACAUUGAAGAGGUUCUUCACUACUAUUCAAGACUCACUUGCCCUGCAUACCUUCAAAUUGUUGAUAGCUUCUUCAUGCAAAUCUAUUCUGAGUUCUUUGCUCCUCCACUAAUUAUUUAACAUCAUCAUCAUCAGUGACGAGUUUAAUUUCUUCUUAACUAUAUGCCUUUAUAUUUGUCAUAUAUCUUCCCUUUUCAGAUUGUUUUAUUGCCUUCAUGAUUUAUUAUUAAUUAUUCUUAAGUUUUUCUUUUUAUAUUAUGUGCAUGGAAUCAUGGAUCAUAAACACAUGUCUUUGUUUUCUGCUUCUUUGUCUAAUUCAUUAUAUAUUUUCGA